GUGCGUCACGGGGGAGUUCCUUAAAGGGGAAGUGAGCGGGGCUACGGGGCGGGUGUGGGGUGCGGUGGUCCGCGGGGGAGGUCCCCCGCGCUUUAAAAUAAUGCCCGCGGCGCCCGCGCGACCAUGCAAUGGCGAGCGCUCGUCCUGGGGCUGGUGCUCCUCCGGCUUGGCCUCCAUGGAGUGCUGUGGCUCGUCUUCGGGCUGGGGCCCAGCAUGGGCUUCUACCAGCGUUUUCCGCUCAGCUUCGGCUUCCAGCGCCUGAGGGCCCCCGACGGCCCCGAGUCUCCUGCCUUGGGGCCCGCCGGCCAGCCCGGGCCGCCCGGGGGGCCGUCGGGGCCGUCGUGGCUGCAGCCGCCCGUCCCUGGGGCGGCGGCGGCGGGACGGCGGCGGGCUCCGCGGCGGCCGGAGCCGGGAGUGUGCGGGCCGGCCCACUGGGGCUACGUGCUGGGUGGCCGGGGCCGCGGCCGGGACGAGUACGAGAAGCGCUACAGCGGCGCCUUCCCGCCGCAGCUGCGCGCCCAGAUGCGCGACCUGGCGCGGGGCAUGUUCGUCUUCGGCUACGACAACUACAUGGCGCACGCCUUUCCCCAGGACGAGCUCAACCCCAUCCACUGCCGCGGCCGAGGGCCUGACCGCGGGGACCCUUCAAAUCUGAACAUCAAUGAUGUCCUGGGGAAUUACUCAUUGACUCUUGUGGAUGCACUGGAUACACUUGCAAUAAUGGGAAAUUCAUCUGAGUUCCAGAAAGCAGUCAAGUUAGUGAUCGACACAGUUUCAUUUGACAAAGAUUCCACCGUCCAAGUCUUUGAGGCCACAAUCAGGGUCCUAGGAAGCCUCCUUUCUGCCCACAGAAUAAUAACUGACUCCAAGCAGCCCUUUGGUGACAUGACAAUUAAGGAUUAUGAUAACGAAUUACUGCACAUGGCCCAUGACCUGGCUGUGCGCCUCCUGCCGGCCUUUGAGAACACCAAGACAGGGAUCCCCUAUCCUCGGGUGAAUCUAAAGACAGGCGUUCCUCCUGACAGCAAUAAUGAAACAUGUACAGCGGGUGCCGGUUCCCUUCUGGUGGAAUUUGGGAUUCUGAGCCGACUCCUAGGGGAUUCUACAUUUGAGUGGGUGGCCAGACGUGCUGUGAAAGCCCUUUGGAACCUGCGGAGCAAUGAUACGGGAUUAUUAGGCAAUGUGGUGAACAUUCAGACGGGCCGCUGGGUUGGAAAGCAGAGCGGCUUGGGCGCUGGCCUAGACUCCUUCUAUGAAUACCUUUUGAAAUCUUAUAUUCUCUUUGGAGAAAAGGAAGACCUCGAGAUGUUUAAUGCUGCAUACAGGAGUAUUCAGAACUACUUAAGAAGAGGCCGGGAAGCCUGUAACGAAGGAGAAGGAGACCCACCGCUGUACGUGAACGUGAACAUGUUCAGCGGGCAGCUGAUGAACACUUGGAUCGACUCUCUGCAGGCCUUCUUCCCCGGACUGCAGGUUCUGAUAGGAGAUGUGGAAGAUGCCAUCUGCCUCCAUGCCUUUUACUAUGCCAUCUGGAAACGCUACGGGGCCCUCCCUGAGAGGUACAACUGGCAGCUCCAGGCCCCCGACGUGCUCUUCUACCCGCUGAGACCUGAGUUAGUGGAGUCCACGUAUCUUCUCUACCAGGCAACCAAGAAUCCCUUCUACCUCCAUGUAGGAAUGGAUAUUCUGCAGAGUCUGGAAAAGUACACAAAAGUCAAGUGUGGUUAUGCAACGUUGCAUCACGUCAUAGACAAAUCCAAAGAGGACCGGAUGGAGAGCUUCUUUCUCAGUGAGACCUGUAAAUACCUGUAUCUGUUAUUUGAUGAGGAGAAUCCAGUCCACAAGUCUGGAACCAAAUACAUGUUUACAACUGAGGGACACAUUGUAUCUGUGGAUAAACAUCUUCGGGAAUCACCCUGGAAGGAAUUCUUUUCUGAAGACGGAGGGCAGGACCAAGAAGGGAAGUCUGUGCACAGGCCUAAGUCACCCGAGUUAAAAGUCAUCAACUCCAGCUCCAACUGCAAUCGUGUUCCUGAUGAGAGGAGAUACUCGCUCCCCUUAAAGAGCGUCUACAUGCGGCAGAUUGACCAGAUGGUUGGCUUGAUAUGACCCUCCUCUGUGCGGCCUCCGCUGAAACUG